CCGCUUCCCCCCACCCUGCGCAUAUUCAAACCACGCCCCCUUCGCCAUUGCCCUCUCCCUUCCAGUUCAUCCACGAUUCCAAUCCUCCCCGACCUCGAACGAGACCAGCCGCUAAUCCACAAGUUAGAGACGAUGGCGUUAUCACUCAUCACCAGAUUGCUAACCCUGGCUCUGGGUUACGCGUACCCGGCGUACGCUUGCUACAAGAUGCUGGAAGUGCACCCUCCGCAGAUCGAGCAAUUGCUUUUCUGGUGCCAGUACUGGAUUCUCGUGGCGACGCUGACAGUCGUCGAGAGGUUCGCGGACUGGAUAGUGUCAUGGCUGCCAAUGUACGGCGAGGUGAAGCUGCUGCUCGUCCUCUACCUCUGGCACCCCGGCACACGGGGUGCGGGGCACGUGUACGAUGGCCUCCUCCGUCCGCUGGUGGCGAGGCACGAGCACGACAUCGACCGGGGCCUGCUGGAGCUGAGGGCCAGGGCGAGGGACAUGACGGCGUCGCAACUCAAGGUGGCGGUUGCCGUCGGACAGGCGUGGCUCGUCGAGGCUGCCCGGUGUGUUUCGUCGCAGCUGCAGGCCGCGAGAUCAGACCGGGCAGGCGCUGCUCAUUGACGAGUAGGUAGCUGCUCACCAGCCACAACACUGUCUGUCGUAGUCGAUGUUUAUACUCUAGAAAGAUGCUGUACUUAAGAAUACCUGUUACGGU